AUGCUGAAUAAAUGUGCUAGCAUAAACAGUGGUGGUCAAGGAUCAUGCGAAGAAAUCAAACACAUGAUUCAGAUCUACACCGAUUGGGCAAAUUAUUAUCUCGAACAACAUAAAUCCAAGCGAAAGAUAACCGACUUAUCAGUUGAUGCACGUGAUGGAUUACUCCUAGCCGAAAUUAUCGAAGCUGUCACAAAAGUUAAAGUUCCGAACUUAAUAAAAAAGCCUAAAACACAACAACAAACGAAAGAAGAGAAAUCUCAGACAAAGACAACACUUCAAAUUAUUGUCAGCCUUCGUUUAAUGAAGACAAAUAUGAAAGAUCAAUAG